AUUAAACCCUAAUCCAAACGACAUCGUUGUUUAGCUCGCCGUUCAGCCCUGCAGUCUAGUUAAUACGGAGUAAAACUUAAAAGCACCAGUUUUACAUUACAGACAGAUAAUUCGAGGGCCUUCAAACCAGAUCUGAUUGGUUGUUGAUAGAUCGGCAUGGAUGAAGAGGAGCAUGAGGUUUACGGAGGAGAAAUACCGGUUGAAGGAGAAGAGGUAGAACAUCACGGCGCCGACGUGGACAUGUCUGCCGCCGACGAAGACGCCGUUAAGGAAUUGGAUGAGAUGAAGAAAAGACUAAAGGAGAUGGAGGAAGAAGCAGCAGCUCUUCGGGAGAUGCAAGCCAAAGUUGAGAAGGAGAUGGGUUCUGCUCAAGGUGAAGCAGAUCCAGCAAGUGCUGCUUCUCAGGCAAACAAGGAAGAGCUUGAUUCACGAUCAAUCUUUGUCGGCAAUGUUGACUAUGCAUGCACUCCAGAGGAAGUUCAGCAACAUUUUCAGGCUUGUGGUACAGUUAAUCGAGUCACUAUUCUGACAGAUAAGUUUGGUCAGCCUAAAGGUUUCGCAUAUGUGGAAUUUGUUGAGCAAGAAGCUGUUCAGGAGGCACUUCAGUUGAAUGAAUCUGAGUUGCAUGGGCGCCAGCUGAAGGUCAUGCCCAAGAGGACCAAUGUUCCCGGUAUGAAACAAUUUCGCGCAAGACGAUUCAAUCCGUAUAUGGGUGGGUACAGGUUCAGGAGACCUUACGUACCAGCCCCAUACUUCUUUCCUCCAUAUGGAUAUGGGAAGGUCCCUAGAUUCAGGAGGCCAUCUCCAUACACACCUUAUUGAAUGUUAAAGAUCUGUGGGCGUUGUUGAAGGCAAUGGAGCUAAAUCUAAAGACGCUUGGGGUUCAUCGUCACUCCUCCUGCUAUCCCUGGGGUCACUAGUUGGUAUCGUGAUCCACGCACGGUCUGUUUUUAUUUGUUUUUCUUUCAGUGGAAGUGCCGAGUGUAGUAAUGUUGCCUCCCUAUCCAGUAUAAUUUUCCCUCCCAAUAACUUUUCUUGCGGUGAACUUCUUUAAUACGAUUCUAUUUGGGUUUUUUAUAUAGCGUGAUGAGUGUUUUACAUUAUUACAUGCACUAUCUUUCAGCCACCCUAAUAUUCAAACGGCAGAAUAUGCGACAUUAUGCGUCAUGCCCGUUGCGACUGGGUCACAGUGUCACACCAGAACUAGACCUCUAUAAUCGGAAAAAUCUUGUGAUCCACUUAGACCCAAACUGGACCUGUGACCACUCAAUCCUGCUUUGUACAAAAAUUGGUGUCAAAUGAUACGCCCAUCAUAUGUGGAAUUGAUACCUCGUCUAUUCCAGAUUUCCAGGAAAUAUCCGCCUGCACUCCGUGUCGACCUUGAAUGCAUUUGAGAAUUUUCUUAAAAAUUAUUCAAAUAUGCUGUUUGUACUCACCCU